AUGUCAGAUGACAUUGAUAGUUGUUAUACAAGUGAUUCGGAAAUAGGAUUUCGACAAUUAGAUGACUCGCCUUUAUCUCCAGUACCAAAUAACGACAAUAAUUCUCAAGGCAAUGUAUCAACAUUGAUACCCGUGAUACGGAUUAUGUUGGUAAUUUUUUUACGCAUUGGAUUCACACUCGUCCAAAUCGGCAGUGUACCAGUGACCAACGUAAAUCUAAUUUUGCUUCAAAAUAUCGUUGACUUUUGCUGGGUAAGCCUCAUCUACAUCAUCCUAGGAUCAGUGAUAGCUUAUACCGGUGAUGUGACUGGAAUCGUUGGCGGAGGUCACUGGAUAGGUGACAAAGUAGUUAACAAAGAAGAAGCAGUUAUCGGCUGGCAAGCGAUAAUGAUUGCUUCCUCGAUAUCAACAACCUGUAUAGUCGGACGUACCCACACAAUAGCAUCUCUUGUCAUUGGAAUUAUUUUAUCGGGCGUUGUGCAACCGUUUAUAAUCCACUGGACCUGGACAACCAAAGGCUGGAUGUCCUGGAACCUAUUGCGUGAUCAACGCGUACCAUUUCGUGAUUACGGUGGCUCGACUGUUGUUCACAUCGUUGGAGGUCUUACUGGACUGAUUGGUUGCUUGGUAUUAGGCAGAAGAAUUAUCAAACUUCGUGAUAUUGAUAGAGCUAGUAUCGCCACUGGAUCUAUUGGUACAACAUUCAUCGGUCAUCUAUUUGUCGUUCUAGGCCUUCAGAGUCUACUGCUUUAUAAUAACAUUGAAGACGGUAGUGAAGUAAUAAACAAAUGGUUGUCGCAUAUAAUUAUCAAUAAUUUAUUAACAGUGUCCAUGUGUACACUUGUAACAGUCGCUUUUCAUUUCCUGAUGCGUGAUCCAUUUAAUCACUGGACAGUAAUGAGAUGUAUUCAGGCAGUUACUGCGGGUGUUGUUGUUAUCUCAGCUGGUGCUGAUAUUUACACACCAACGGCAGCUCUUGGUAUUGGUUUUGUUGGAGGAAUCCUGUUUUAUCUCGUUACAAAAGCUAUCUUUAAAAGUGCAUUAGAAGAUUACUGUAAUAUUGUUGGUAUUCAUGUUAUCUGUGCACUUAUGGGCAGCUGCGUUGCUUUAUUUUUCUAUAGUGGUUCUGACGAAUCUUCUGGAUAUUCAAUCGUCUUACUUGAUGCACUUUGGCAUCUUAUAUGCACUGUUUGUAUUAUUUUGUUUGUUAGCAUAACAGUGACCCCGAUGUUUUUGAUACUCGAUUGCCUAGGGCUGCUGAGGAAUAGAUCUGAAUAUUUAAAUCACUUGAGGUCAACUGCUGCACAGCAACGAAGGCCUUCUAGAUCUUUUGGUGAACGAUUAUUUAAUCUUGAUCCUGAAACGGUUUUUAUACAACCAGGACAGUUGAAUAAUCAAGAACUUAAAAAUAUUUCGGUACCUAGAACUUCAAGAACUGAAACUGUUGCACGAGUUGAAAUACCCGAACAAAAUAUUAUUACUCAAAAUGGCCCUCGUAGACUGUAA